AUGGAAUUUUUGAAGGCAAAGCGCCUUCCUGACAACGGAAGAGUAAAAAGAACUUUUAUCAAAGUUGAUAAUGAGUAUUACAAGUCUGGGGACACAAUUUCAGUAAGACUUGAAGAUAACCAGUCAGCAUAUGCCACUAUAGAAAAGAUAUGAUGAAACUUCGAUUUGUGCUGUGGGGAACUGCUUAUCAGGUGGUUUUAUCGAGCAAUUGACUUAACUUCGCUCCUUUUAAUUAAAUUAAAUACAAGUUCUAUAAAUUUUGUCAUCAGUAAAAAUUUUUUAUGUAAAAUAAAAAAAAUAUUAAUAAUAAUUAACACUAAAAGAGUUAGAGAUUGCAAAUUAUAUAAGCUUCAGUGAAAUUGAGCUUUUUGAUAGUGAUGAAAAGCAAAUAAUUGAAAUGGAAAUGAUUGAAGAAAAAAUUUUGGUAUUAAAAUACAAUGACUUUGUAAGGACUGAAGAUGUAGAAGACGUUUUUUUUACAAGAGCAACUUUCAGCCCACAAUUAAAUAAAAUUGUGCCAAGCAUAGAUGAGUGGAAAAGGGUGUGUAAAUGCAAUAAAAUUUUCAAUCCAGACGAGCCUUAUUUCACAUGUCCUGGUUGCUAUUCAAUUUACCAUAAUUCGUGUUUAGGUUAUUCUCAAGAUAUAGAUGAAGUAGAAAUUAUGUGUUCGAAGUGCCGCUUGAUUUUUUAG